AUGUCUCCCCGUUCAGACACCUCUCCACCAAGAUUCGUAUGGCCCUUACGCCGGGUUUUCGCUCGUGCUUCGUUUUUGAAGAACGGUCCUGCUACAUCGUCUGCGACUGGUAUACCGUCUUCAUCGCAAGGCAAGCUAAGGGCGACUCCAGAACUCAGCGAACCCGCUCAGUUUAGCGAGUGGGAGGACGCUCUCCGCCACUACCAUAGGUCAACUGGCGUGGAUCUUUGUGAUCAGAGCCAAGAUCUCUACAGGAAACUGGUCGAUUGUUCCGGUUACGGUGCAAUCGUCGACAUACUCGUGAAGACCGCUGAGGACUUUCAUCAAUACCGCCAUCCUUCGUCUGGGAGUCUUCCCGUCAAGUUUCGUAGACUUUUGAAGCCUAUCAUACGUACCCUCAUUGGCUCUGGCGUCCUUGAUAUUGGCGGGGAGGUGGCAGCGUCAGCACCUGUACCUGGAGGGAAAGCGAUCAUCGUGGCGAUAGGCGUCCUCAUAAAGGCAACGCAAGGCGUGAGCGAACACUUUGACACCAUAGAGACGCUCUUGGAGCGAUUCGAGUUCUGCCUGAGGCGCUUGGAAGCACGGGGCGAUGUACCGCUGGAGCCGGCAUCGCAAGUUCUCGCUGUUAAGAUCCUGGUCGAAAUGCUACACACUCUGGCCAUUGUAACCCAGGCUAUGCGCGAAACACGUCUGCGCCACUUCGCAUCCGUCCUACUUGGCAAGAGCAAUACCAUCAUGGAUACUUCCCGGCGCCUCGAGUCUCUCGAGAUGCAAGAUACUCGUCUGACACUUGAUAGCGUAUACAGGGAGAUCUAUAGCCUCUCGCGCUCUCUCCACGACGUUCUAGAGGAGACGCUCACUCCGCUACGUGACCAGCUAGACACCAUAUCAAUCCGGAUUGCGGAACUGUCCGUGCACACACGAUCGAAUGCGGCUACGAUGACUAAUCUACAGUCCACGGCCAUUGCUAUGUCGAGCCCUACACAUUCGCAUGCUGCAGGCCUCCGAGGACCAGAAUCCUCCAAUGCUUUGACGAUUCAACACAGUGGACAGGCAGUUGGAACGGUAGAGAUAUGGCGCGUCUGUCUGGCGAUCACUUACAACAAUGCCAUCGCGAGUACCAGGACCUUGUCUAGCAACAUCCUAUCCGCUCUCAACGAGCUGCCCGCACAUGAUCGACAUAAUCUGAACAAGGGUCUCAACAUGAUCUCUACUGUUGCAGCCUUCGUCGCUGGUGUCAAUGUCAAGAGAGUUACAUCCGCUGUGGGGUCCCGUCACGGUGUGUUCGCGUCGGUAUUCCUUUCAAUGGCUAUGACCACUGUCGCCACCUAUUUCUACCGGAAAUACCUUCCCCGAGACCUUGGGCAGCCGCCUUCGAGCACUAUCCUCAUCAUCGACAUCCUCGGAGGUCACGCUGUGGUGCCUUUAGACAAGUACUCAUCGUGGCAGGACCUGCAUGGCCUUCUUCUGCAUCGCUUUACAGACAAGCCUGGCGUCGAGUAUGUGAGCUCGAGGUCAUAUGCUAUCACGGAUACGGUCAGAGAAUCAACGAUCAUCACACCCGAAACCUGGGGCACGUUUGUGCAGCCUGGGAUGACGCUGGAGAUGAGCGUCGUCAUCCGCCAAUCAUCCCUCUGCCUUUGCUGUCCUUACUGUAACAUCACGGAUAUUCGACCUGUGGACUGCGAGUUCAUUCACUGUUGGAGCUGCACACGGCCCUACAGAAUAUCCAGCGCAACUGAGUUCAUAGAUGGCGACGGUUCCAGUCACGACGACAGAUUUCCAUCCCCCCGCGAGCCAUCGUACGACGCCACUACUCCAGAUUGGGCACCUUCUUCGGACUUCAACCUUGAUUCGGGAGUCGCAUCGGGCGAGAGAGAGAACGUCGAUGACAGCGAGUCUAUGCAUAACACAGACUCGCAACCUACAAUGGACAUGUCUCUAUUCCGCAGGAUCAUGGUCGAAAUUGCAUCGAACAUGGCCUUCGCGGACAACGACACGCCAUUUACGGGUGGCAUGCCCUCUACGGAGACUCUACUCUCGACAUCCGUUUAUGGUGUCCAGUCCGACCGCUGGCAGUUGAACGACGAUGUAGACGAUUUCGUAUAUACGCCUCCGGGCCCAACGCCGAUAUUCAUUUUUCCAUCCCCGCGCGAUCUGGAAGGUGUGGGACGCGACGGGGCGAUAGACCCGGCUAUUGCGAGCGCUGCACACGACCAGAUUGCCAGGAUGAAGGCAACCUUCGAACCGCACCUUAUGGAGGAUCUCAAGUACGUCGAUCCGCCUAUCGAGGUGGACGAAUGGGCGAUUCUGCUUGAACGUGGAGCGCUUAUGACGUCGGAAAUCGAGCGGAGGUUCCCAACGUUCAUCGUAUACACUCGGGACCCGAAUGCACCCUCAAAACUAGAGCUCAUCCACAGUAAGUGUGUCAGCCGGAUUAUGACCUUUGAGCUCCAGAGGAAGCUGGCAACACAGCACCCACCUCGCUUCAUCAUUGAUCUGAAUAUGCUGAGGGGGUUCAUUCAGAACUGGUCGAAUCUGCUGACCAUGAUGAGGAACAGGAGUGCAGCUGUUAGGUUGGAGUUUCAGGCCAUGCAUGAUGCCAAAGCGAGUCCGAUAUUCAGUCAGCAUCGGGAAGAUACGUACGCUACGGCCGCUACCUAA